CGUCGGCCGAACUUGAAACGCGCGGCUUCACGACGUUCCACUCGCCCGUGCCGAAACACGCCUGCCACACUAUUUACCGUUCUUAUUUUAUUAAAUCGUGCACCGAUCGACCGAACGUUCGCCAAAUCGAUCGAACUCCCGCGGAGCCGUUCACCACUGCGUUCGCCGAAGGAUAGCUUCACGGCCGUUCCGCUGCACGCGGAAAGUUCCUACCAAUUAUCUCGUCUCUCGAGGCACGGCCAGCCACGGCUCGAGUACACAUCUCUAUAGCACCGCAGAAUUCGCUUAGAAUAAUCGUUUUAAUCGAGCUGCUCUGAAGAACUCUGAACCGCGGUAAACAGUAGAUACGUGUUAAAGUUGUACGUGGGACUCGGUGCGACAAGACUGGAAUAAUAGCGUGAAGAAUAAUGCCUGUUCGAAGCACGGCUCACGAUUUCGUCGAACGAUAAGCGACGGGUUCGUGGAUGAACGCGCGAUGGACAUAUGAAUCGGAGCCAUCAUGGGCACGCUUCGAUCGAUCCUGCUACUACUGGCGUCGUUCUGCUACUUCUUACAUUCAACCGAUAGUGCUACUCGCGGUGAAAAGACACCGGCCACGGAGAAGACGCAGUCUCGGAACCGGGACAACGACGUCCCUCGCUCGGUAGCUGAAUCCGUGAAGGACGUCUUGGCGCAGAUCGGCGGUAGCGCCGUGCUACCUUGCAAAUCCACCGGUCCCGGAGUAGUGACUUGGAUCAGAAAAGUAGACGAACAACUAUUGACAUUGGGUAGACGUACUCACGCGAUCGACACGCGGUUCAUGAUCGUCUCGAACAGCCCUGAUUGGACUCUGCAGAUAAAGAAUGUGAAACGAGAAGACGCCGGGAUCUACGAAUGCCAGGUUCAAACUGAACCGGUCCAGAAACGAUUCAUUCGCCUCAGCAUCACGGAGGCCUACUCCGUGAUACCUGGAGGACCGGACCUGCACGUGAAGCAGGGAUCCAGCCUUCGACUCGAGUGUCAACUAAUGGCAUCGACGGAGGCCCCGAGUUACAUCUUCUGGUAUCGCGAGGGUCGCAUGAUCAACUAUGACGACGAGCCGGGCGUCAGAGUCGAACCAGCGAAGAACGGCUCGAUCCUCGUUGUCGACAAAGUGAAACUCUCUCAUGGUGCCAAUUACACCUGCUCACCGAGCAACGCCAGGCCGGCUUAUAUCAUGAUACACGUGAUCGAAGAAGAAGAGAAACCAGCAGCGAUGCACGGCGGUGAUCGGCGGAACGCUACGUCAAGGGCUACGUCCAUCAACGUCCUGUUGAUUUUUCUGACUCUGCUCGGUGCGCGCGUCUCGAGCCGACUUUGUUCGUGUCUCACGUGACCAGCCUAUCGCGUCGAUAUUUUAUUUACCAACGAAUCGAUAUCACCCAAAUUCCAAACACGUGAAUCCCUCGUUUCACCAAAAUUACUCGUCUACUCUAAGUUGAUUAAUAAUCUGAUUAAUACACCGGAUCAAAUUCAAAUUUAAAUAAGCGGUUUCAUCUUCAGAUUUCAUUUACCGGUUAAAUUUAAAUUGCGUAAAUUUAAUGUACGAAUUUAAUCAUUAGAAAUUAAUAUCGGAGCUUAUCGAAACGUUUGGAAACAACAACGACGGUGUGCAGAAGCGAAAUUUGUUUCUCACAGACACUUCAAGUUGUAUUAACAGACACUGUGUUGCCGUGUAGAGUUUCGGAAUUGUUUCAAUUGUGAUUUUGGACUUGACGUUCCUUUCGGUAAUCUGCGAAACGCGAUAUCCAUUUCGUUCGAUACGAAAUUAUGCGUUCAAAUAGUUGUUUGCUAACGUCGCGUUAUCAUUCUUAUUUUUCGAGAAUUAAUGAAAGAGAUGGAUUUGAAACGAUCGAUAUGCGUGCAUGAUAUACCACACGAUGUAUAUAAGACAUUUCUUCACGACAAAUACAAAUGCAAGCAAUACCGAUUCGAAUUUUCCAUCGCUUCUGACUAAAACGAAAAGAUAUGAAGACCAUAAUUCCGUGAGAAUUUACAAGCGACAUAAUGCGAAAAAGCAAACUGUUUCGAGUUGAACGUUUAAUUAAAUGUCACCCCUUUGGCAAAGGAACGACGUCAGCGAUGAAAAAAGGAAGACACGGCCGUGGGACGUACAUCAUUGACGCAAGUUCGCACAGAACAUUUAUGGCAUUCAACUUGCUGCUCGCUUUUACAGUCUCUCGCGGGUAAAAACGCGUGCCACGUUAUGAAUCGGUGAAUAGCAGAUUUGUGCCCAUUAGGAAGGCUGCGGCACUGGGAAGAUGCGUCAAUGGAGAAAUAGAGGGGCGACAUUAUUCAAUUGAUAUAAAAAAAACCAACGACGAAAGUCGCCCUCUGUUUAAACAGAGCCGUGUAGAACUCGAUAAAUCCUUAAGCCCGGCGAACACUUUCGACUUCGCAAAUUAACGACGUUUGAACGAACGGGGCACGUAAGAGUUCGGUUCAAAUUAUGAUAUCAUGAUUAAGACGAGACAAACGCGAAGUACAAUUGAACAGUUCUAUAAGAUUUCUCAUUUCAAUGCAUUGUUUCUUAUAGAUUUUCCUCGCUGGAUUUAUAAGAAAUUAUGUAAUUUAUCUCGGUUGAAAAAUAUAAGACUGUGAAAAACGUGAGCAGCAUGAAAAGUCGCUCGAUCGAUGUAAACGAACGAGCAACGUUACACGUGAAAACGGACACUAUCACCUCUUGAAAACUGAUUACGUAUCUUCUAUAAAUUAUCAUAUACCGCAACUACUUAUAUCGAAGUUUCAUCUUGCUGGAAAUCAAGUCUCGGCGAGAAUUUCUCUAACUGUUUUUUAUAGUUUGGGACAAGCCGACGAAAAGUUUUUUGAUGAAUUCAUUAAUAGUGUGUUAAGGCGCUCGCUCGAUGUAUCAAUGUGAUCGGUGUACAUACAUACGUACAUAUAUGUAAACGUUCGAAAUCGUAAGCAAUAAGAAUGGACGAUCGCAGAAUUUGUCAAUUGCCAAGACGGAACGACAGCUACUCAAUAAAGAUUAAACGCUCCUUAAUGAAUUCGCGUCGAGCUUCUCAUUGAACGUUCACAAAUCGAUGUGCUCUCUACACUACGUAGGUGUGUCUAGAAACUAUUAACUAGAAUCAAUUCUAUAUUGCAAAUUGCAUCAACCCUAUCGUUUUAAUGGGCGAGAUAUCCACUGUCUCACGUGGACGAUUCCAUGGACCAGAUACUCCGCGUUACAACGCUGAUUACUCGAUCCCAUGAACGAGAUAUCCCGCAAUUUCCAUCCUGUGGUGUUAUAAAUUAACAUACUUUGCAUCAAUUCUUCUUUGACUAUUCUUAUUAUUCUGCACUAUACAAUUAACUAAAAUUAUUGCUUCGAUUACCUUAAAUUAACAAUAGAAUGUGUUUAAUAGAUAAAAUAGAUUUUUAAAUUUACAUAUGAAGCACGUAAUAUAAGACACACCAGAUUCCCUGAUACAAGAUAGACGAGAUAUUUCGUCCAUAGCACGACGGAUAGGAAAUUACAACACGAAAUAUCUCGUCCAUAACACGGAGUAAUGAACAUUAUAACGCGAGAUAAACUCUCCAUAGUAUCACAGAAGCGACAUAAUGAUGGGGCGAUAUCUCGUCCCCGGCAAUGAAAGGGUUAAUUGACUCUCUGGUAAUAGGUCCGAUUGAUUUAAUAGAUGUGCCGAGUAAUUUAAAUGUCGAUAUUUAAGAUUCACUUCCGUCGACUGUACGAAUUGUAAGAGUACGCUCGCAAACUAAAUAGAAUAAUGUGUACAAUUUUCAUCCCCACGAUUCCACUAUCGACGUACAAAAUAAAUUGAACAUUUUGAAUCGA